CCGCAAGCCCAUAUGUAAAAAAAAAAGAAGUUUUUUACGGAAAUCGACGGAAAGGUCUACUAGAGACGAAAAUUAAUGAGAAACCAGGAAUUAUUCGUUUUGCUGUCCAUCACACCUUAUAUUUAUUAUCAUAAAACAACAGAGAAAACAAAUUAGUUGAAUAUAGAAAGUAUAUUACCUUGUGAAUGAUAAAUAUAUGACGGAGUGCCGACGGAGGAAUGAAACGAUGGGAGAUUGUUGAUGCUGGGAAGAAAUAGGUCUAAAGAUGGUGAGAGAGGAAGUACUGGAACGCAGUGAAUGAGAGACGAGGGAGUCCGGUAUUAAAUUAUAUAAGAGAUUUUUAACAGGAGACACCGGAACUGUCCAGCACGGGACAAUGUCGGGAGGUAUCCAGAUUGAUGAGUUAGGUCGAACAGGUGCUGUCGCAUCUGGGACGAGUACAGCUGUCAGCUGGAUCUAUGAUAAAGAUGAUACCGCCAGCUGGACUCACAGAGGAAGAUUCACAAUGGAAGAUGAAACGCGAAAUGCUUUAAGAAAACUUAUCCCUCAGAAAAGGGCUUUAAGGGACUCAACAACAGAAAGGGAUGAAGAAGGAGUCGACUAUCAAAGGUGUAAAUAUGAGAGAGACGAUGGUUCGAGGAGAGAAAUGUCAGAGAAACAAGCUUCAUCUCAAUCUUCCAAGUUCUCAGAAAAUUCCUUCAUGGAGUUAUUCUUGGAUAUCAACAUUUUGCUUUCUUUCAUUAUGACAAAUAAAUAUUUUCAGAAAUAUUAA